AUGGUCAAGAUUACUAUUCGUUUGGUCGGCGAAGAGAAUGAUAAAUUAUUCAAGCGUAUUGAGUUGGAUCCACAGCUUCAUGUCGAUGACCUGGUGAAGCGAAUAGAGACUCUGACGAAUAUUCCUUGCGAUUAUCAACAAAUCCAAUUCCGUGAUGAAGAGCUACCCGUUGUUGAGCAUCCUCUUCAGGCCAUCAAGUUUGGCGAAGAAAUUGUUGUCAAACAUGCUGAUCUUCCAUGGUGGACCGAGUACAAAGAAUGUGUUGAAUUCAUGGAGAAGAUUCGGUUUCGAAGUACAACAUUAAAUGCCACCAUUAUGGCCCAAAAGGCUCGAGCUCAGGCCAGUAUAUCGACUGGAACCAAAACAAGCACAGACAUUGCUACUCAAUGGGACGACAGAUUUGAGCUUCUUGAAAACGUUAUUAAUGAGAACAGCCUUUGCGCGGAUGUCGUUGUUCAAUUGGUUAUGCUUAGAGUGCUCCUAUUCAUUUCUGAUCUACAUGAACAGAACUGCGGAAG